AGGUGCUGGGAGGGUCUUGCCAGUGCUUGGGGGUUCUGAGAGGACUCCUGGGGGCUCUGUCAGAGCCUGUGGGGGUGAGGGGGUGCUGGGGCUGGUGCUGAGAGCUCCAGACUGGGAUCUCCUGGCUGAGCACAGGUGGAGCUGGAUCUUGGUGGGGACGUGGCUGGGAGAGCAGCCUGAAAGAGGGAAAUCAGGGAGUUUCCCAGGAUUCAGAGACUCCUCUGUUCCCCAGGAAGCACGAGGAAGGGGGGAGUGAAGGUUUUGGGUGCUGGGAGGUGUCCCCUGCCUGUGCCACCUCCCCAGCCUCAUAGGGGGGUGCCAGCCCCGCUGUGCCCUAGUGAGGUUCCAGGCUUUUCCCUGGAGCAGAGCUCCUGGCAGGAGACCUCAGGGCUGGAGCUCCAAGGAUGCAGAAAGGCAACUCAACCCCCCUCCUAGGACUGCCCUGCCUCUCCUGAGCCCAGUGGAAGGUAGGAUUUACCUUUCCUGUGCUCUGGAAUAGGCAGAUCUCCCCCAGCCUGGCUCCUGGGGAAGCUCCCAAAUGUGGAGCAGGAGCAUAGUGUUGGAUUCCAGUAGGAAGGUCCAGCUCCUCCAGCUGGGAGGGACUGAAGGAGGCAUCCCAAAGCAAAGCUGGGUUUAUGGGAGACCAGGAUGAUGCCCAAGGGUUCCCACAUGGAUGCAGAACGGGAAGGAGGAGAUGAAGAGUCACCUGGAAUGGGCUGGACAGGAAGGGUGGGCUCAAGAUGUGACCCAAUCUUUGCUUUAAUAUGAGAAUAAUGAGAGGAAUGGGAGGGUGAAGCAAUGGGCAUUGCAACAGCCCCAGUGGACGUAACCCCGGGGUUACUGGUCAAACUGGGGCACCCUCCUGCAUGGCCAGAGCCUGGGGACAUCUCUGUCACCUCCAGGGGACAGGGGAAGGUAUGGGUGGAAGAGCAGCCCUGGGCACAGCGGGGACAGCCAUGCAGGGAUGUUGGGCUGAGGGCAGGUCCUGCCAGCUGAGGGGCAGGAGGGCUGGGAUGGUCCCAGGGGAUGUGACACCUCCUCAGGAGUGGCCUGAGGGGACUGGGAGAGCCCCAGAGACCCCACUGGGGCUGUCAUGGGGAGGCACGUGGGGAUCUCACUGCUCACAGCUCCUGACCCUGGUCAGGUCUGACCCAAUGGCUCUGGGCAGCAGCACAGGGAUUUCCCUCCUUUCCCCAUCCCUGGAAGUGUCCAAGGCCAGGCUGGGGAUUGGAGCCACCUGGGACGGUAGGAGGUGUCCCUGACCAUGGCAGGGGGUGGCACUGGUUGGGCUUUGAGGUCCUUCCCGCCCAAACCAUCCUGGAAUUCUGUGAUUCCCUGAUUUGGGCCAUGGGCCGGUGGGAGAUGCUGCUGGGGGCUGACACCGGCCCGGUGUCCCUGCUGUGACAAGGACUUGGUACCAGGAGUUUCCAGGGGGUUGGCCUGGAUCCUCUGUGCCCAGUGCAAGGCACGAGAGCGGGAGGAGAGGUUAAUUACAGCCUGUGCUAAUUGCACCCAUGAAAACACCUCAUGCAACACAGCCCCUGGCUGCCAACUGGGCCAAGGGCUGGCACCUCCUGCACCCGGGCUGGCAGCGGCAAGUGGCAGAGCUCAGCCCCCUGGGCACUGUGGGGAUGCUGGGGACAGAUGCUGGGCCUUGGGAGGGGAAGGGCAGAGGGGCUCCUGCUGCCCAAACUGAGCAGGGCUCGGGAGCACUGGUGCCACAUUCCUGCUGUCACUCCGGCUGGGAGAUGUCUUCCAAUAAUCUGAUGCUCUGCAGGGUGAGGUUUGGGUGCCAGCAGGUGACUGACCAGCUUGGCUGGGGUGAUGCCCAUGGACCAGGAGCAGCUUCUGCUGUCCCCAGCAGUGGAGACUCCUUUACCCAGGGCUGGCAUCCCUGUAGCCAGAAGAGAUUCCCGGGACAGGGACACUUUAGUGAGCAGCAGAUCUGAUCUUAUCAAUCUGGAGUCACUGCAAUGGCUUUUAAUAGCCCAGGAGGGCCCUGUCAGCAGUGACAUCUCGGGUGACUCAGGGUCCCAGUGUGACUCAGGGCCACUCUCCGCCCUUGGGGGGGGGUGUUCUGCUUCCACCUGAGCCACUCCAUCCCUGGGAAUGAGAUCCACACUGAGCCUUUCCUGGGCCAGCCCCGGCCGCCCACACAGGAUCCUCUUGAUUCACCCGCCACGCUCCCGGCAGCCCUGGCCACUCGCUGGAACCAUCCCAGCCGUGGGCUGAGCUCCGGGGCGGCACCAUGGACCUGCUGCUGCUCCAUGGGCUGCUGCUCCUGCCCCUGGCAGCGCUGCUGCUCUACAGGUGCAGCCCCACCGUCCAGUACCUCUGCAAGGUGGCCUUUUUCAACUGCUGGGUGGUGGCCAUGGCCACCCUGCUGUCCCCCUUGGCCUCCUUCCGGGGACGCUCCGUGGAGAACAUGAAGCUCCUGCGUGCUGCGCUCCUGCCCCUCAAGCGCUUCUACGGCAUCAGGAUGCGGGUGCGGGGCUCGGAGCGGCUGCGGCUGCCGGGGCCCUUUGUGAUCGUCUGCAACCACCAGGCCUCCCUGGACCUCAUGGCAAUGGUGGAGGUGAUUCCCGAGCGCUGUGUGCCCAUCGCCAAGCGGGAGCUGCUCUACCUGGGCACGGUGGGCUGGGCGUGCUGGCUCAGCGGCAUCAUCUUCAUCGACCGCCGCCGCAGGGACGCGGCCAUCGGUGUCAUCGCCAGCACCGCCAGCGCCAUGCGGCGAGAGAACCUCCGCGUGUGGGUUUUCCCGGAAGGCACCAGGAACCCGGGCAGGUCCAUGCUGCCCUUCAAGCGUGGGGCUUUCCACCUGGCCGUGCAGGCACAGGUUCCCAUUGUCCCCAUCGUGAUCUCCCCGUACUGGGACUUCUUCAGCUCCAAGGAGAAGAGAUUCACCUCGGGGACCUGCACCAUCCAAGUCCUCCCCAGGGUGGAAACGCGGGGCCUGAGCCCCAAGGAUGUCCCCGAGCUGACCGAGAGUGUCCGCCAGGCCAUGGCUGAGGCCCUGGCUGAGAUGUCCAGGAGUGACCACGGGGACCCAGACACGGAGCAGCCUCUGCUGGGGCUAGGGAAAGACAGGGGCAGCCCCCAGGGCCAGGGGGACACAGCCAGGAGCAGCAAAUAGGCAGAGGGAACGAGUCCCCUGGGGACACCCCGAGGUGUCCCUUGUCCCCUGAGGAGGAGUCCUGCAGCCCUGCCACCACCCCAGCAGGACGGUGCCCGAAAGGGAGCAGAGCAGGGCAGGAUGGGGAUCGGGCAGCAUCCCCAAAACAGAGCAAGGUGCCCCCUAAAGCCCCUCGUUGUGACUGUGCAUCCCCUGGAUGUUCCUCUGCCAGACCUGGAGCUGUGGCUGUCCCCCGGGAUGGCUUCUGCCUGCUUGCUGGGCAGGGCAGGGAAGCUCCAGGCAGGGCUGGGGGUUCCCAGCCCUGUUUUCCACCCCUGGUUGUUGGGUUCCCUCAUGGAUUCUCCUUCCAGAGGCUCCUACAAGCUGGAAAUGCUGUUUGGGUGCAGCCAGCCCUGGGGGAAGGGCCCAGAGUGUGUGGGCUGGAGGGGACACGUGGUCCAGGGGGGAGAGCAUCCUUGGAGCUGAGCUGUGAGCCAAGGGUGGGACAAUAAAGAGUCUGAA